CCUUGUCCUUGCCGUCCUCGCUGUCAGAGACAAACACACAUGGCGAAAAUGAGCAAAGAGACCAAACAGCGGCUGCAGCAGCUCUUCCAGUGCGGCCAGUUCGUCAUCCGAUGGGGCUUCAUCCCCACCGUGCUCUACCUCGGUUUCAAACGUGGAGCAGACCCAGGAAUGCCUGAGCCAACAGUCUUCAGUUUGCUAUGGGGCUGAGGAACAUCUCCCCACAGCCAAUCCCUUCUCCUCUUCAAGACCAUGUGACCCACCUCAGUGUUGGACUUAUUAUGGAUGUUAUUUUUCACUUUCCUGUUCACAACUCAACCUCAUAUCUGAGCAGUGAUGAACCAACGUCACCUGUGGCCAUAUUGUGUAUGGCUCUGUUAUAUUGACAGUAAAAGUAUGGAACGUAUUGGCAGCAGAGACGGAAGAUAUUUGGAUCAACUACAUGGAGUCAAAACUGCGUCCCUAAAACAAGAAAGAAGCUGUGUUGACCAGAAUGAAAGUUGAUAUUUUUUUUGAAUGCGUGUCACCAAUGUUUGGAUUUAUCAUCCAUUCCAUGUGUUUCCUCUUUUAUUUGUAAUUUAAAAUUCAUGAAAAUAAAUCCUCAGCAAAAUGUCA